CUUUGACGUGACGAAAUGCAUUCUGGCAUUCUCACCAUUCUUCUACGCCCAUUCCAGUUUGGCGUUCCACCGUUUAGUGCUUCAUUUCGGCAGUCUGCAGUCACUAAAUAGAGAAGCAACGAGGGACAAACGAGAGCUAAGCUCGACGCGGCGUCCAUCGGCACUCGCCAGAAUUGGAUUGUCGCUGUCGCCGACUGGAGACGACGACGCGGCAGGUUGAAUCUAAAGCAGGGGGCACCGGUGGGAUUGCUCGACAUUUUCGAUUUCUGCGCGCAAGGUAAGAUUUUGGGAGCUCGACACUUGAUUCGCAGUUUUCAUGAAUUAGGGCUUUGUCUUGUUUUUUCAGAAAUUCGGCAGAUCAAUGGUUUGUUUGAGCUACGUUGUGGGCGACGGUUUCACUAAUGCAUGGAUUUCCCAUCCACGUUUGAGAAUCUGUAUGCACAUUGGUGUUAGAAGUCGCAAGGAAAAGGAAUAUAGGAAGAAUUUCAUGUUGAUGAACCCGUUUGGUGGGCAAAUUGAUCCUGCAUCGUCCUCCCUAGUGUGACUGCGUAUUUGUCUUGCUUUGAGGAAGGCUUGUUCUUGCUCCUUGGUUGCAGAAUGCAGAUAGCUAGUCAGUUCAUGAGAUUGAGUUCAUAUUCACCAUUUCCUUUCCGGAUGCAGGGAUGAAUAUCAACACAGCGAGUUACUUACAACCUGGGUUUUCCAGGUUGCAAAGACAGCAUGCUCCUGGUGUGAUGGUUGGGAGACUGAAAUGGCUGAAAAUUCAGUGUUGGUCAAGGACCAGAGUUACUUGCUUGUCUGAGAAAGUAUCUUGCGCUAGUAAGGAACAUGAUAUGCGGUCGCCAGUGGUUAAAAUGUGUGGGAUAACAUCAGCUAGAGAUGCUGCAAUUGCUGCCGAAGCUGGAGCUAAUUUUAUUGGGAUGAUACUAUGGCCCAAAUCUAAACGUUCAAUUUCACUCUCGGUUGCGAAAGAAAUUUCUAAAGUUGCUAGGGAAAAUGGAGCACAACCUGUUGGUGUAUUCGUUGACGAUGAUGCAGAAACGAUAAUGAGAGCUGCAGAAGUUGCUGAUCUUGAAUUUGUACAGCUUCAUGGGGGUGGUUCACGGGAAGCUUUGAAACAAUUAGUUCAGGAUACACGAAUAGUCUAUGUUCUUCAUGCAAACAAGGAUGGGGAGCUUCAAAAUCAAAUUUCAGAUGAAGAAAGUUCUCUGGUUGACUGGAUUCUCAUUGAUAGCGCAACCGGGGGCAGUGGAAAGGGAUUUAACUGGACUCGGUUUAAGUUACCUUCAAUUAGAAGCAAGCAUGGCUGGCUAUUAGCAGGAGGGAUAAACCCUGAAAACGUUUCUGAAGCCUUGGCAACCCUCAAGCCUGAUGGUAUAGAUGUUAGCAGUGGCAUUUGUGGCUCUGAUGGAAUCAACAAGGAUCGAUCCAGAAUAUCCUCAUUCAUGAGUGCCGUACGUUCUGUAAGCUAUUGAGAGCAUAUAAUGAGUCGAGGACCGCAAAAGGUUCUCAGCUUCCCUAUCGCAGACCAAUCAAGUUGGGCGAAAGAGGUCAAUGCAACGUUGCUGGUGUCACAUUCUAUUCAUCAUUCAGCUGCACUUCAUGCAUGACCCAUAAUCAAAGGGGAGAUCAGUAAGAAGAAAGCGCUUCUUUCGUCGUGCAAAGUUCCUAAAAGGAAGGCUUCUAGCUUGUGAAUAAGAGGUCGAUCUUCUGUCUGCAGAACAAAUACUCUUUUCUUCGUUCUAACCAAGUCGUCCUAUGGCUGUUACUGAAGGCA